AUGGCUAAAUCUCCCAGUAAACACUUCUCCGAUCAUAAGGUUGCAGCUGAAGAGACAGAUUCAAAAGUCUCUGCUGUCCCGGAUAACGUUGAUCAAGUUCCACCAAACACCAUUCAGCCCUUUCUACAUAAAGCUCUAGAAAGCUCUAUCAAUACGGGAGAGAUCCCAGCCAGCCUCUUUUCACCAAUCGCAAAAAACGAUCACAAUAUUAUUCCAAACAAUAGCCCGGUCCCAUUGCCAAUUCUCAAGCCAAAUGCCAGAAACAAUAUCCUUCUCUAUCCCGGCUCUUUUAACCCACCCCACCAAGGCCAUCUGGCCACAAUUCGCUAUUUUUCGGAGCGUCGUGAGCAACUCAGUAUCACCACUAUGUUCCUCUUCGUGGACCCUGGAUCCAUUGUCAAAAGCAAAGAGAAGCAAUGGGGUGAUAUUAUAAUUCCACAAACCGUCCGCUACGAACUUUUCUACAAAGUCCCAGAAAUCUCUCAACUCGUUGCAUCUGGAUGGCUUCAGCUGCUGGUAGGAGAUAUGGAUAAUCACAUCAAAGUUCUACGAGCGACAACCAAUUUGGUUUCGGAAGCUGGAUAUGCCGUUAAGCUGGUCGGACUUCUAGGCGGGGAUAAGUUGACGGUGGAAAGCGCGCCACAUGUACAUCCGGGAUGUUUACAGGAAUGGGGUCCGGUUGAUGAGUUUCUCAUCAUUAAUGCAAGGAGGCCAGUCGACUUCUUUGACCCAAAGAAAGAAACGAUUCCGAGAGACUUACCGGGUUGUACAAAGUGGAAGAGAGGUACGGAGAAGUGGGAUGAGAAAGAAUGGUCUAUCGGCGAUGGGGCUGGUGUUUUGUGGACAUGUCAGGCCUUGACCGUUCCUGAAAAACCGAUCAUACAAUUUCGUGCCUCGCAACACAGUGCGUCAAAUGGUGUUAGUUCAACUAAGAUUCGACAGAUUAUGACCGAGGCGCUGGAUGAAAAGCUUAUGGAUGGACUAAAGGAUAAAGCCAUUAGUGCUGAGUUUUUGGUAAAUUGGCUGAUACUUCAGCGUAACCAGGCGCGUGAGGCUUCCGAUGAAAAAGCUUUCCUUUAA